AUGGCAACCCCCCGCAUCACCGCCUCUGCAAUCCUCAUCACCCUCGCCGUCUCCAGCAUCAUGAACGUCUCCUCCUCCUCCUCCUCCUCCACCUCCUCCAACAAGCCACUAACUAAGCCCUGGGAACAAGGUAGCAAGAAGCCACUAAUCACCAAAACCCAGCAGACCCACAAAGCGCAAGCAGCGCCGUUCAAGAGCCAGCAUGGCGAGCCGUGGAAAGGCUCGAGUGGCUUUCCGGGGUCGCAGGCGCCGUUGAGGGGUGGUGGUAGUACGAGACGGUAG